GCCACAUCAAUGUCAUUGAUCGAUGACAGUAUUUCAACAAAACCAAGGCCAACAGAGAAAACAACUGACAAGAAACUCUCCACGCCUUCCCGCCCACCAUGCGCCUCAAAACAACCGUCUGCGUUUCCCUAGCGGCAACCACGCUUGCAAACCCAACGCGCCUCAAAAACUCAACCUUCAACUGGCACACCACCAAAUCUGUCAUCGCCUUCGGUGACUCCUACACCUAUGUCCAGGGCCUCCAAGGCCACAUCAACUACACCUACAUCAACGACAACUUCGACCUGUCCUUCACGCCCGACGAGCUCUUCUCAGAUCGUAUCGUGCAGAACGCGACACUUAACACCGCGUCGGGCGGCCCAAAUUGGGUCGAGUACCUGACUGGCUGCGGCGUCGCAACUGGGCUUACAGAUCCGCGCAAGUGCAAGACGCAGCUAUGGGACUUCGCCUACGCAGGUGCGGACGUUAGUGUCGAACUCACGCCGUUGCACUGGAACCACACGGUCAGCCUGGAGAAGCAGAUUGAGCAGUUUGUCGCAUAUGGGGACCCCGCGCUGCAGAGCGUUGUACGGAAAAAAGACGCGUUGGUUGCAGUGUGGAUUGGGAUCAACGACAUCAACGACUUGAUCAAGUUGAGGGGUAAGAACACGAGUUUUACGCCGCUGUACGAGCAGAUCCAACGCCAGCAGUUUGGGCUUAUGGAGAAGGUGUACGGGCUGGGGUAUAAGAACUUUUUGUUCAUGAACCUUCCACCGUUGGAUAGGGGGCCGAGCCCGAGUGUGAAUGCGUCGCUUGUCGAGACGUUUAACGACGUUCUGAAGACCCACGCGGAUCAGUUUCAGGCUGAGCAUCGCGAUGCGAGUGUGCUGCAGUUCGAUGUCAAUACGGUGCUGAACGGGGUGUUGGAUGACUACGAGAAGUAUGGGUUCAAGAACGUGACGGCGUUUUGUCCUGGCUAUAAUCAACCAGAUAUCAGGACGAACCCAGAAAAGUACGGUUGUGGUGAAGGGUUGAGCACAUAUUUCUGGUACAACUCAGGGCACUUGACGUCCAGAACGCAUGAGGUGUUCACAAAGACAUUGAGGAAGUGGCUGGUGUCGAAGAGUGGGCGAUAGGGGGGUGUCGCUGCCAAUGUCAAUCAUUGCCUUGUAAGAUACAAUAAUCG